CAUGCUCCGUGCGCUCCAGAGGUCGUCCGCGCCGGUGUUUUCCCACGUGCGCAGUGAAGCUAAGGACAUCAUGUCCUAAAGAGAUGGGGGCUCAGGUGGUUCGGGCGAUCAGGAAUUUCAACCUGGAGAACCGAGCGGAACGGGAAAUCAGCAAGAUGAAGCCCUCUCCCGCUCCCAAGCACCCCUCCACCAAGAGUCUUCUCAGAGAACACUUGAGCCACCAUCCAGAAAUUAAGGGAGAAAUUGCUAGAAAAGAUGACAAGCUGCUGUCGUUACUAAAAGAUGUGUAUGUUGAUUCCACAGAUCCUGUGACUACCGUGCAGGUAAAAGAUGCCAAAACUCAGCAGGAGCCAAAGGAAUUCAGAUUGCCGAAAGGCCAUCACUUUGAUAUGAUGGAUAUUAAGAACAUUCCCAAAGGCAAAAUUUCCAUUGUAGAAGCAUUGACACUGCUCAAUAACCAUAAGCUUCAUCCAGAGACGUGGACUGCUAACAAAAUAGCACAGGAAUACCAUUUAGAACUGAAAGAUGUAAAUUCCCUUCUCAAAUAUUUUGUCACUUUUGAAGUCAAAGUCUUUCCUCCUGAAGACAAGAAAGCGAUACAACCAAAAUGAAGAAAAUCGUGAAAUUACUGUUCGUGUGUGUACUUCCCAUCCACCAUCCCAUUCAUUUCCUCAUUUUUAGCAUAUUAAAUUAUAUAAACUGCUGGGUGUUUAAUGCUCCCUACUUCUGAGAGCAUACUGCUUAUUGAGUGCUAUUAACUUCUCAGUAUUGCUCAUUGAAUGUAUUUUGUUUUCUUUGGGAUUUUAAUUUGGUUUGGGCAUAGUUUGAAUGUAUAUGUCAAUAUGUCUAAUUGGCAGAUUUAAAAUAUGACUAUAAGUCAAAGAGUUAAAGUAUUUUAGGCACAUCUUACCAGCUUUUAAACUAGUCAUAUGGCCUCUUGGGAAAUGUCUUGAAUCCCUCAUUUAACAUAUGGAGUUUCACUUUCCAAUUUAGGUGGCUUAUUUUUUUUACCAUGGAACGUUGAAAGUAAGCUUUCCUAACACAUUUUCUUGUUAGGAAAAGGAGGAUUUGACAGUGAGGUAGAAUAAGAAUAUUUCCAAUAAAGGCAGAUAGGAGAUGGACAGAAAAUUAGAAAACUACUUCAAUAAGAAUUAGCAAGGACUUUAAAUUUUUUUUACUUGUCAGAGACAGAGAAAGGGAGAGUUCCUGGUCCUCUGGCUCGGUCCUCAAAUGUCCACAUGAACUUGGCUGGAGCCAGGAGUUGAGAACCAAAUGCAGGUCUCCAUGUUAUUUGAGCCACCACUACUGCCUCUGAGGCUCUGCAUAGACAGAAAGCUGGAGUCAGGAGCAGAAGCCGGGAAUAUGAAGUGCAGGUGUCUUGACCAUUAGGCUAAACACCUGCUUCCUGUUUUUUUGUUUUGUUUUGAAUUGAUUUAGGUGUGGAAUACUGUAAUUAUUAAAAAAUAAUUAAUGUUUAUAAAAUGUAAAAUGUUAGUAAUUUUUGCAUUGCCAAGUAAAUCAAAAGCUUUCAGAAAGAUAGUAGUAGGAAUUAUUUGAAAAAAAAAAUAGCUUUUUUUAUUUGAUACAGAAUUGCAAGAAUAAUUUAAAAAAUAAUUAAACCAAGAAACCAUGUUAAAGAAUUUGUUGAUCAAAUAUAAUCUGAUACUAAUAAUAGUGAGAAUAAUAAGAAUAGCAAGUGGAAAUGUAAAGUGUGAUUAUUGAAAGGAAUCUGGGAAAUUGUUUUACCCAUUCACAAACUUGAGAGCACAAACACAUGUACUAGGUACUUGGCUGUUUUGAGUUUAGCUUUACUUAAUAUGUUGGCACCUGUGGAAUCUUGGGUAGGUUGUACAGCCUCUGAGAUGGAAUUUCUACUAUAAAAUGAGUAUAAUGAAUGCUUCCUUACUUAAACCCAAGGGUUACGUCAAGGCAAAUAAUAAAGGACUACAAAGGACCAAGAACAGUGGUGGUGUUUGUGAUUGAGAACAUACCCCUGAGGAGAUACAUGACCUCAGAUUCUGUAGUUCAGUCACAUAGCCCAGUCCAGAAUUUAGGUUUUCAGAAUCCUCCUAGUGAGUUUUUCUAUUAAGCUAAACAAAAGCAUAUCUCCAAAGGGUAGCAUAUGUGAUUUGUGGAAAUGUUAGUGUUAUCAGUGUACUGCUGAAGGAAGAUAGGUUUCUUUGGAAGAGGUAUGGAAGAUGCUAAGGGAUUCAGCAUGGUGAUGGAAUGAAGCAUUUCUGGUAAUGCUGUUUUUAAAUGGAGUUUCAUUGACAUAUCUAAUAUAUUGAAUAGUUUAAAGAAGAACAUGAAAGAACUUAAAAAAUACAGAAUUGCUUUUUGAAACUAAAUGAAAACUUUUAUCAUGUAAAGGUCAACACCUGAAUACUAGCAUUACUGUCUACUGCUUUGGUCUGACCCAUCUUCCCUGUUCUAAGUUAGGGCUAUUGUUACAUGGUGUCUCAUGAUAAAGUGCCUCGUAUUCAUUGGCCUAGUACACUGCUUUUUAUUAUGUAUAGGAGAGCACUUGGGUAGUACAUGGAGUUUAAAACCAGAAAAUUAAGUGUAGACACUUUUCUAGGUAUUUUACAGAUGUUUCUUUGUUUAAUGUUUACCAGAGAUGUAAGGAUAAAUGCUGUUAGCAAUAUUACUGGGAAAAUUAAAAGAGCUUCAGUAACUUUUUGAAGAUAA